CGGGCCCAGGACCCAACCGGAUAGAAUAGUGAACGGUCGCCCCAUUGUUGGGACGUUCUCCACUUCACUCUGGUCUCCAGGAGAGGAGACGUAGAGGCGGGGGACGUGUCUCUCGAUCAGGCGCCGUGGGAUGGACGGCUGGUUGGUUUGGACCGCGUUGAGGAGGUCCCCCACUCUUCCAAUCGCCCUGUUGCUGUUGACCGGCGCCCGGCUGGCGUGGGGUGGGACCUCGGUGGCUUGUUACCCCAACCGGCCGUGUCAAGUCCCCUUCCUCACCAAGAACCCGGCCACUUUGCUGUGCCCCAACGGACCGACCCACCCUGGCGGCGUGGCUUGGGUCUACUACAACAUGACGGAGCCCGACACCAAGGCGAUGGUCCUCGUUGGAACGGGAGAAGAAACCUUGAAGGUGGAGGCGCUCCUGGAUCUCCGGGCCCGCUGCAUGUUAUCCUGGCCACAUUUAGUCAUCAGGUCCGCCACGGUUCGGGACGCGGGAGUCUACCUCUGCAAGUCAGGAAACAGGACCCUCGCUUAUUACGAGGUGGACAUGCAGGACGCGGAAAAUGUCCACAUCUCGGGCAAAUCCAUCGGCGUGUCCUCGCUCCCCAGUCGUUUCUUAGAAGUAGGAGGCCUCCACUUGGAGCUAUUCACCGUGUGGAACGCUUGGGAGGAUUGCGACCGGUGCGGGGUCCCGGCGGAGAGGAGGCGGGUGGGUUUUUGUUACGUCCGGGAAGUCCUGGGCGACCAGAAACCGGUGCCGUGCGGCCUCUGGGCUUUGGCUAAGCGGCUGCUGCUCCCAAGGCGGCCUCCCGAGCUGGGACUGGAACCGUGCAUCGUUCCCUGCGUUACCUCGCCCCCAUUCGCCGACCACUUUAGGAAACUCGAACUGCCCGGUCGGAAAUUCGUCCCUUUGCAACAUUCCGGGGUCCUCCUGAUCGACACCUACUUGGUCAACGUCAACGGGAACGUUAGCUUCAAGUGCCCCGGCGCCUCCGUUUACACCCCGGUGUCGUGGCGGAGAAAUUCCACCGACGUUUCGAGGGCGAAUCUCUCCCGACGGCGGGGUAGUACUCACGCGUUGGAUGAUGUGACGGGCCGAAGCAUCUACACCAUAAAGGGCGUCCAGAGAGCCGACGAGGGGGUCUACAGGUGCUACGUCUCCGAGGAACUGGCCGGCUCUUUCCACCUGAAGGUGCUGGAGCCGAACGAGAGGAGGGCGGCAGCUGGGACCAGCGCCAUGGGCUUGGUCUGGUACACCUUGGCUGCCCUCGCCUUGAUAUCUGUGCUAAUGGUUUUCCUCACAUUUCUGUACACCUACUGCGCCCAGGUGCGGCGCCACCAGGUCGUGCACUGGUAAACCCCAACCCCUUACAAAUACACCCUCAUAUGCACCAUUCAGCCCGUUCAGGUUAUACUAGCCCUCAGAGCAAUCUGCAUUAUUCUAUUUCCAAACAGCUCCCCUCAUGGCGUAAUUUCAUGCAUCCAUAAGUUUUAGCAGCAGAAUUAGGCCAUUCGGCCCAUCAAAUUCAAUCAUGGCUGAUCUAUCCAUCUCAACCCAAUUCUUGUGCCUUCUCCCUGUAACCCCUGACAUCUGCACUAAUCAACUAAUGUAUCCCCUCUUCAUCCCAAUACGACAUACUGCCCACUACCCC